GCCGGGCGGGGAGGAGCGACCAGCCUAGCCGCCGGUAGCUGCAGUAUGGCGCCCCCGUCCCCGGUCGCCAAUCCCAGGGUCUUCUUCGAUGUGGACAUCGGAGGCGAACGCGUUGGUCGAAUUGUCUUAGAAUUGUUUGCAGAUGUUGUGCCCAAAACUGCUGAAAAUUUCCGUGCACUAUGUACAGGAGAAAAAGGGAUAGGGCCUACCACUGGAAAGCCUCUUCAUUAUAAAGGAUGCCCUUUCCAUAGAAUUAUUAAGAAAUUCAUGAUCCAGGGUGGAGACUUCUCAAAUCAAAAUGGCACAGGUGGAGAAAGUAUAUAUGGAGAAAAAUUCGAAGAUGAAAACUUUCAUUAUAAGCAUGAUCGGGCAGGGCUGCUGAGCAUGGCAAAUGCAGGACCCAAUACAAAUGGCUCUCAGUUCUUUAUCACAACGGUGCCAACUCCUCACCUGGAUGGGAAACAUGUGGUGUUCGGCCAGGUGGUCAAAGGGAUGGGUGUUGCUAAAAUAUUAGAAAAUGUUGAAGUGAAUGGAGAAAAACCUGCACAGUUGUGCAUUAUUGCAGAAUGUGGAGAGCUGAAGGAAGGCGAUAGCUGGGGAAUUUCCCCAAUGGAUGGCUCUGGAGAUACUCACCCAGAUUUCCCUGAAGAUUCAGAUGUAGAUUUAAAAGAUGUUGACAAGAUUGUGUCUAUAGCAGAAGACAUAAAGAAUAUAGGAAAUACUUUCUUCAAAUCACAGAACUGGGCAAUGGCAACUAAAAAGUACAUUAAGGGCUUAAGGUAUGUGGAGGCUUCUAAAGCCAUAGUGGAGGAGUCAGAUACAGCAAAGUUGAAUCCUGCUGCCUUGACCUGCCUUUUAAAUAUUGCUGCUUGUAAACUGAAGGUGUCAGACUGGCAGGGAGCUAUUGAAAGUUGUUGUGAGGCACUUGCACUAGAUCCAGCAAACACCAAAGCACUUUACAGGCGGGCUCAAGGCUGGCAGGGAAUAAGAGAUUUUGAUCAGGCACUGGCUGAUCUUAAGAAGGCUCAAGAGAUAACACCUGAAGAUAAAGCUAUCCAAACUGAAGCACUCAAGGUGAAACAGAAGAUAAAGGCCCAAAAAGAAAAGGAAAAAGCAGCUUAUGCUAAAAUGUUUGCUUGAGUGGAGGUUUUUCCUGUUAAAGUUUAAGCACUGAAUGACUAACUUGUACAAUAGGAGUGUUUACAGAGGUGGUAGAGGCAAGUGUUACUUCUGUUAUCUGCCCCAUACUGCAAUCAGUUGAUUAUGUCCACUGUUUACUAUUUAAAUUGGGAUUUCAUAAUAAAGGUAGAAGUUAAAA